AGCAAUAUUGUGGGAAAUUGCUAAAUGUAAAUGAGCGAUUUCCCUCAAUUUAUUUUUAUUCUAGAAAUCUAAUUCUAAUUUUUAUAUCCAACCUAAUGCAACAAAUUAUAUACUCCCUCCAUCCCCGAAAGAACGACUCUUUUGGGUUGUUUUGGCGAAUAUUAAUAAAGUUAAAUAAAAAUAAGUAAAAGUAUAUUGAAAAGAUAAAUUUACAUAGGGUUUACAAUAAAGUAGAGAGAGAUAAUAAUAAAAGUAUAUGGAAAAAGAAAAUUUUAUAUGGGGAAGCUAAUUUUACACAAAUAUUAUUGCAAAUUGGUGGGUAUUUUAAUGCUAAUGGAUCAUUCUUUUUGGGGCUAAAAUUAGGUCAAAUGGGUUGUUCUUUCGAAAAUGAAAAGAGUAAUACAAAAAAAUAAUUUUAAUCGUACAUUGCACGAGAAUAACCUACUAAGAGUAACUAGUCAAUCACUUCCAUAAAAAAUAUAAAAAAAAAAAAAAAAAAAAAAACCUUCGUAUGAUUACAUAAAAAAAUGAUAUUUUUAUUUUAAAAAUUAAAAAUUGCCAUAGAAAAAUGACCGAUCAUUUCCCCUAAUCCAAACUUUUACAAUUACAAUUGCAAUUACCCCCAAAGAAUCUCGAUGUUGACAGACACAAAUACAAGACUAAAACUACUCUGGUACAACAUACCAAAACAAAGCAAACCCUUUAUUCUACUGCUCUAAAUCAUCAAUUCCCUUAUAUUUUAAGACGUUAGUCCUGCUGUCUACAAUCACGUAGUCAUGGGUGACAAGGGGGAGGCUUGUGCCGAAUGCUCCCGUAGUUGUUCGUCUUUCCAUAGGACGAUGCAUGAUCCUUACCCAAUAGUUUCCUCAUUCUUCAAAGUGAUGUUUGGCAACCUUUUUUCUGAAGUACUGUUUGUACCUCCUAGAUUUGCCAAAACUAUCAUACAUUUGGAAGGCAAAAACACCUAUCUAGAGGAUCCAACAGGGCAAAAAUGGAAAGUUAAUCUGUCUAAUGUAAAUGGCUCUCUUGCUUUUGAAAAGGGAUGGCAUGAUUUCUCUGUGGAUCAUGGCAUUGAGUUGGGUGAUUUGGUGGUAUUUCACUAUUUCAAGGGAUCACAUUUUAUUGUUCAAAUUUUUGGUAGAAGUGGGUGUGAGAAGCCAAUGAUUUACAAUGGUAUGGACUAUCAGAACAAGAGAGCUAGAUUAACCAGAACCGAUCCCUGUGAUUCGCCACAUAAUAAGGAACCAACACCAGAAAAAGAGUGCUUAGAUUCUUGUAUGGAAACUGAGCCUAAUGUUGAUGUACAUAAUGUGGAAAAAUCGCCUGAGAUAGGAGUAAAUGUUUCAAGGGAAGGAAAUAUCAAUAAACAGCCUGAAGAAGUUCCUACAGCAGACCCUCUGGUGGAGUCAUUCUUUAUGGGUGACAGAAACACAAGUUACACUAGUGAAGACCAGAGGGUCGAUCUAUACGAUCUGUCCAUUUUUGAGAUGCCUGGACAUAAAGCUGAUGCUGAUAAAAUAAGUAUGCUUAUGGAGUAUACGUGUUCUGAAGUUCCUAGCGCGUUGCAACAAAAUCAAAGUGAAGAGGUCUCACCUGAUGUUGUGAAUUUCCAAAUGGCUGAAACUAUUAACGAGACUUCAAAUGAAGAAGAUGCAUCAAGAAAGGAAUGUUUACCGGUGCUCAAUAAUACUGUGUCUGGGGCCGAAGUGCCUCUAGACAUUUGUAUGCCGCUGAAAUCUGUCACACUGCCACAUGCACCUGAAUUCUCACCUCCAGCAGCUCCCGUUGAGCGAGUUGAGCCUCCUUGUAAAGAUUUGAUGAUAUACAAGCCAGAACCAAAGUCUGAUAAAAUUAUUUGUGGCCUUGAAGCUAAAAUUGUUUCGAGGGAUAGUGAAAUCUCGUUUACCAUCAAGGGGCGUAGGAUCAAGAAAGAAGACAUUAGCAGUCUCUCUACUUCUAUGGACAAAAACAAAGGGCACAUUGACAUGAUUGUGAAGCUAGAAGAACCUGAAUUCUGUGAUUCUCCAUCUGCACGAGACAUCAAAAUCACAUGUUUGGUGCAGCAAGACAAUGAAUCUUACCUUGCGUUACCAAAGCCUUUACCUAUAAAGAUACGCAGACAAGGUGAUAGUUUAGAACAGAAUCUGGUAUUACUUCGAGAUCCACUUCAAAGACUUUGGCCAGUUAUAUACCAUCAGAGAAAAGGCUCUGAGGUUUUGGCAAAUGGGUGGAAAGAAUUUAGGAAGGCUAAUUGCAUUCAUCCUGGUGAUGAGUGUACUUUUGUAGUCGAAAAUAUCGAUGAGGGUAUAAUCCAAGUCCAAAUUGUUUCGCAGUUAGCUGAUUAAAUUUCUGUAAGGUAUUAUAGAUGUCCAAUAUUUCUCUAGAACCAACUGAGUUUAAGACUUGUUAGCCGAAAUCUAUGUUAUGGUAACUCAAUUUGCUGCGCUGCUGCACAUAAAAAGAGCACAGAUCAUGGUAGUAGACUGAUAUUAUUCUGUAAUUGUUGAGUCUACUGCUUUAUUCCAGUCAAUUGGAACAUAAAAUGUUGUUUUGUGAACGAAUUUGUGUAAAUUUUCAUCUUAGUAUUUUUCUUUGAAUUUAGUAUACAAAUUAUUUGUGUAAAAAGCUAAAGUUGUAUGUGUACAA